AUGGGGAGCUGCGACUUCACUUGUGCCGCCAAAGGAGAGCAGUCCAACAUCGUGCACGUCGCUGAGUACCGCGGCUGCGUCGACGGCAACGCGCGCAUCUUCUUGCACUUUCGUUCCGCGCAGCGCUGCGACAAGCCCCACGUCGACAUCAUGCGCCGCGGAGUGGAGAAGUCCCGCAGGAGGCACUGCGACGAGCCCUUCGCCGACGCCAUGCACGGCAGAGCGGGGCUGUGCCACAGGGGGACAGACCGCCCAGCAGCUGCCGACUCGGGGUCGGCAGGGCUCGCGAAGCCAGUCUCAGAAGACUCAGAGCUGGAGCGCGCCGCAGGGCGCGCGCCGCCAGUCCUGGAAGACUCAGAGCUGGAGCAGGGUCGCAGCGCCGGCGUCUUCUUGCAGUCUACGGGGCGGCCCGCGGACUCCGCGGCGCGCGGCGCCGGUUGCAGCUUCUUGACCGGGGCCGAGCAGGCCAAAUGGGACACGGGUGCCUCGUCCGCGUCGGCGAACUUUGAUGCUGCACCUGCGUUGGCUCAAGUCGAUGCGCCGCCCGCGACGGCGAGGGCUGCCGCUGCCGAGGCUCCCCGGGACCUGGAGAAGCUCCGUUCACUGCUUGCCACGAGGUGCAAGUUCAAGCUGCCUGCUGGUCUCAGCGACAAAGGCGCGAACGUUGUUUGUCCGGAGUGUCUCACCUCUGCGAGAGACGGCGCGGGCGGUCAUGAUUUUGGCCGGGGUCGCGUUCGCGAGGCCAUGGGCGCCCGGGGGUACCUCGCCCACGACGCCCAGGGAAACCGCGCGAACGGCCGGGGCCCGCUGAACACGAAGAGGGCCCCGCGGCUGAAGAAGGGGUACGGAGCGAUUGGCCUGGGAAGGCACACCAAGAAGGGUUUCUUCCACAUCAAUCCGAUGCUGUUCCCCAUGCUCAAGGUCCCCGACCUCGAGGGAUUCGAGCUCAGGCCAUAUGUCUCCCGCAACACGCCGGUGAUCGGCAACGCGCACCCGUACUGGAGGACCGGGCGCUUCAGGCCGUGA